UGCCCGUGGUUGACGCGAGCUGUAUCCCCAGCUGUUCCCGUCUACAAUGGCAUCAUCUUCCUCUUUGUCCUGGCCAAUUUCAGCAUGGCCACCUUCAUGGACCCUGGUGUCUUCCCCCGAGCGGACGAGGACGAGGACAAGGAGGACGACUUCCGGGCCCCACUGUACAAGAACGUGGAUGUGCGAGGCAUCCAGGUCCGCAUGAAGUGGUGCGCCACGUGCCACUUCUACCGCCCGCCACGCUGCUCCCACUGCAGUGUCUGUGACAACUGCGUAGAGGACUUUGACCACCACUGCCCCUGGGUCAACAACUGCAUCGGGCGUCGCAACUACCGCUACUUCUUCCUGUUUCUGCUGUCGCUCAGUGCGCACAUGGUGGGCGUCGUGGCCUUCGGCCUGGUAUACGUGCUGAACCAUGCUGAGGGGCUGGGAGCUGCCCACACCGCCAUCACUAUGGCUGUCAUGUGUGUGGCCGGCCUCUUCUUCAUCCCCGUCAUCGGCCUCACUGGCUUCCACGUGGUGUUGGUCACUCGGGGGCGUACCACCAAUGAACAGGUGACGGGCAAGUUCCGCGGGGGUGUGAACCCCUUCACCCGAGGCUGCUAUGGGAACGUGGAGCACGUGCUGUGCAGCCCCCUGGCGCCCCGGUAUGUGGUGGAGCCGCCCCAGCUGCCACUCGUAGUGAGCGUGAAGCCACCCUUCCUCCGGCCUGAGCUCCUGGAGCGAGCUGCACCACUCAAGGUCAAGCUUAGUGACAACGGGCUGAAAGCUGGCCUGGGCCACAGCAAGUCAAAGGGCAGCCUGGACCGGCUGGAUGAGAAGCCACUGGACCUGGGGCCACCGCUGCCCCCCAAGAUAGAGGCUGGCACAUUCAGCAGUGACCUGCAGACCCCUCGCCCAAGUAGUGCUGAGAGUGCCCUGUCGGUGCAGAGGGCCAGCCCCCCAACACCUGCCAUGUACAAGUUCCGGCCAGCCUUCCCCACGGGUCCCAAGGUGCCCUUCUGUGGGCCUAGUGAGCAGCUCCCAGGCCCUGACUCCCUGACCCUGGGGGAUGACAGCAUCCACAGCCUGGACUUUGUUUCCGAGCCCAGCCUGGACCUUCCUGACUACGGGCCCAGUGGCCUGCACACGGCCUACCCGCCAUCCCCACCACUCAGCGCCACUGAUGCCUUCUCGGGUGCUUUGCGCUCCCUGAGCCUCAAGGCUGCAAGUCGGCGGGGUGGGGACCACGUGGCUCUGCAGCCCCUGCGCUCUGAGGGUGGGCCCCCCACACCCCACCGUAGCAUCUUUGCCCCCCACGCGCUGCCAAACCGCAAUGGCAGCCUAUCCUAUGACAGCUUGCUUAACCCCGGCCCACCCAGUGGCCAUGCGUGCCCUGCCCAUCCCUCAGUCGGUGUGGCUGGUUACCACUCACCCUACCUGCACCCCGGGGCAGCCGGCGACCCACCUCGGCCCCCGCCCCGCAGCUUCAGCCCCGUGCUGGGCCCCCGGCCUCGGGAGCCCUCUCCCGUGCGCUAUGACAACCUGUCCAGGACCAUCAUGGCCUCCAUCCAGGAGCGCAAGGACAGGGAGGAACGUGAGCGGCUGCUACGCUCCCAGGCCGACUCACUCUUCGGGGACUCGGGCGUCUACGAUGCGCCCAGCUCCUACAGCCUGCAGCAGGCCAGCGUGCUGUCCGAGGGCCCCCGCGGCCCCGUGCUGCGCUACGGCUCCAGGGAUGACCUCGUGGCCGGGUCCGGCUUCGGUGGUGCCCGCAACCCUGCUCUACAAACGUCGCUGUCCUCACUGUCCAGCAUGGUGAGCCGGGCACCGCGGACGUCCUCCUCCUCCCUGCAGACCGACCAAGCCAACAACAACGCCCCAGGGCCCCGGCCUGGCAGUGGCUCACACAGGUCACCAGUGCGCCAGGGCCUGCCCUCCCCGCCUGGCACUCCCUGUUCACCCCCUUAUGCAGGCCCCAAAGCCGUCGCCUUCAUCCACACAGACCUCCCGGAACCACCACCCUCGCUGGCUAUGCAGAGGGACCACCCUCAGCUGAAGACCCCCCCAAGUAAGCUUAAUGGGCAGUCCCUGGGCCUGGCCCGGUUGGGGCCUGCCACCGGCCCCCUGGGGCCCUCCGCCAGCCCUGCCCGGCACACACUGGUUAAGAAGGUGUCCGGCGUGGGUGGGACUACGUACGAGAUCUCGGUGUGAGGACUGACCGCCACCCAUCUGCCAUGGCACCACGGGGACCAGGACCCCACAGCAGCUCCCCCAACCCCCACCGACUUCUCUGCCCCAGGGAGAGGAGGCCGCCCAAGCCUGGUGUGGAUUCGUCAGCGGGGAAGAGAGCCAUGCCUCCACAGCUUGUCCCCAUGCCCUCUGCCUGUUCAUCCACUCAUCUGUUCACUGGGAAGACGGGACCCUGGACGAGGCUGGGCAGGGGCUGCCAGGCUGUGGGUCUGUGUGUCCGUGGCCCUGCUCUCAUGGGCUGAGCAGUGAGGGGGGCUCAGACUGCAUCUGUGAGGCCUCUUCUCAGCUAGGCUCAGCUGCCGCCUUGUCACCCACAUUCCACCAGGUUGUCACCAGGCCAGCUCCCAGCAAUCCUACAGCCUCACCCCUCCCCAUACAAAUGUGGCCCAGAAAUGGACAGAGGCACCCAGGGCCCCUGGCCAUCCUCCCAAUGAGACCUGCAGGCUCCUGGACAGAGGGCCCCCACCCAGCUGCUCCUAAUGCGUUGCCUUUCAUGGACCCCUCUGGAAGCUUUUAACUUGGCAAGGCCGAUGCUUCUGCAGGGAGUCCAGCCCCGGCCUGUUUGGGGUUGUGAUGGAUGGGUGGACGGACAGACGGACAGACGGACAGCUGUGGCAGGGGUCCUGGCUCCAUGUGUCCCGUCUUGCCUGGCUAGUGGGCCCGUGUCCCUGUCUGUGUUCUGAGCUGCCGUGCCACGUCUGAUGUGUUAGCACUCGGGCCGCUGCUGUCCCUUUCAUUGAAGCCUUAACCUCUGCUUUAUGCUCUUGUGGGAGGCGACGGGUGGGCAGGUAGGAGCUGGACGCUGCCACAGGGCGCCGGUGAGACCCGGAGCCUCCUCCCCAGCCCUCAGGCCCUCCCUGCCAAACUGGAGAACCCCUACCCCAGGCAUGCAAAGUCCCUGGCCCUGGCCCUAGCCGGGCCAGUGCCGUGGGCACCGCGUGGAAAGCACAUUGGGGAGGGGAUCACUGCUUCCCCUGGCAUCAGGGACCUGAGAGUAAGCACAUGACAGUGUCUGCUUGCGUUGUGUCUGUUUUAUGUUUUUAUAUCUACAUCUAUAUAUCUAUACUUUUAUUAAAAAAAGAAAAAGAGUCA